GCCAUAGUGACAUUUUUAUUAAUAAAAUAUUGGUCUGCAUAUUGUUUCGAGUGAUACUAUUUUUUGGGGGAGUGUGAAAACCAGGAAAAGCUAUGUCUAAUAAACAAGCUCAGGCGACUCAGGCGUCGUCUGGAAAGAAACUGAGCAUGCGCGGUGGAGUUUUCGUUAUAAAGGGUGUUACACUCUUCCUAGCAGCUGCAAAAACUCCCAAAACUUUGGGAAAUCAGCCCAGUGGAAGUUCCGGUGGUGCGAAGAGCAGAGGGCGCAAGAAGAUGAGCGAUAAGGACGUUUGUAAAUGUUCGCCGAAAAUUAUGGAGGCGGCGAAAAAGGACACGUUGUUACACAAAAAGGAAAUAGAAGCUCUUUAUAGAAUUUAUAAGAAGUUGAUCACUUUUAAUAAAACGACUCCACAAGGUGAUGUUGCUCAAAAUGCAAAACCUGCUACUGUUAUUGGCAAACCACCUACUGUAUCAGAGGGAAUAGACAGAACAGUCUUUAGAGAAGUCCUUCACAACACAUUCGACAUAGUGACGGAACAUAUGUUAAUGGACAGAAUCUUUUGUGUUUGGGAUAAACAUAACUGUGGAUUAAUUACUGUAGAAAACUGGUUUAAAGGAUUGUCGCUCUUUUUAAGAGGAACGAUUCAAGAUCAAAUUAAAUAUUGCUUCGCAGUUUAUGAUUUAAAUGGAGAUGGCUUUAUUACCAAAGAUGAAAUGUUUCAAUUACUAAGAAAUUGUUUAAUAAAACAUCCCCAAGAAGAAGAUCCUGAUGAGAGCGUCAAGGAUUUGGUAGAUAUAGUGAUGAGAAAAAUAGAUAAAGAUAAAGACGGAAAAGUCUCUCUUGAAGACUUUCAAAAUACAGUUGAAGAAGAACCACUGCUUUUAGAGGCAUUUGGAAAAUGCUUACCAUCAGAGGAAUCGAAAAUGACGUUUUUAACAACCCUCAAAGCAUAGAAAAGCUAGUGGCUAGAUCUUUCGAGCUGGUGAAACUUACCAAGUAAAAUAGGAAACAGAAACCGAAAAAAUAAUAAUGUAGAAAAUGUAGUUACUGUGCCUAGAGGUGCUCACAUUUAAUUCGAGAAAUAAAAUUUUUGUACGAUGAACUAAAAUGUCAAAAAAUAGUAUACAGUGAGCACGUAAAGGUUGGAAUAAAUUCAUUUUCUCGAGAACGGACGAUUUUGGAAAAAAAUCACGAAAGAGGUCAAUUUUUAUUUUUAAAUUACGACUUUUUGGCAUAUAUAUUAUACUAGUGACUUCACCCAUCUGGGCGUGAUGACGUCAUCGAUGAUUUUUUUAAAUGAGAAUAGGGUUCGUGUGAUAGCUCAUUUGAAAGGUAAUUCAAUUCUCUAUUCAGUAAUAUAAACAUUAACAUAAUUAUUUAUACAGGGUGUCAAAAAAAUUGUUUUGGAUUCAAUUUAUUGGCAUAAAAAGAAGAAUGUAUGUAAUUUAUUUAAUUCAAAAUACAUUUUACUGCUCUCAGAAAACAAAAAAAAUGUGUAUUUGCAAAAUAAUCAUUGCUUUUCGCUUAAAUUAAUUGUUCAAAUUGUCACGAGGCUAGUGGGUGGCUGCUUUAAUAUUGAAUUUAAGCAAAAAACAAUAUUUAUUUGCCAAAUAAACAUUUUUUCCUGUUUUCUGAUAGCAGUAAAAUGUAUUUUGAAUUAAAUAAAUUACACACAUUCUUCUUUUUGUUUCAAUAAAUUUAAUUAAAAAAAAAUUUUUUUGGGCACCCUGUAUAAAUAAUUAUGUUAAUGUUUAUAUUACUGAAUAAAGAAUUGAAUUACCUUUCAAAUGAGCUAUCAGACGACCCCUAUUCUCAUUUAAAAAAAUCAUCGAUUACGUCAUCACGCCCAGAUGGGUGACGUCACUAGUAUGAUAUAUAUGCCAAAAAGUCGUAAUUUAAAAAUAAAAAUUGACCUGUUUCGGGAUUUUUUUCCAAAAUCGUCCGUUCUUGAGAAAAUGAAUUUAUUCCAACCUUUACGUGCUCACUGUAUAUUAUUAUCUAAAUAAAUAACAAAAACUUAUGAUUUUAUUAUUUUCACAUUAGUAUGCUUUUUCUGUUAUUUAUUACUGUAUCCAGAUAUUUGCAUGUAUGUUUCUUUGCUUUAUUUUUGAAGUAUGAUAUUAAAAAAUAGUCGUUACAUCUUUUAAGU